UUGAACUAAUUUCAGAAACACCCGACGCGGAUGCUAGAUGAGCUUCGAACCCGGGUCGCUCGGGGAAAGCCAAUUCGUGGACCGCCGUCUUCUGUUCCUCCGCAGCUUUCUUUUCGCCGUCGCCGUACCGGAGUUCGGAAACGUGCCGCAGGCCAACUCGACGUUGCAGCUAGCCGCUGAAGAACUUUUCGACUCACAAGAAGUUUUCUUUCAUCCUUCUUCUUCAAACUCAUUGUAGGAGUUCUGUCUCAACAAUUCCUCUUUUCCAAACAGUGAGCUUAUAUGGGAAAGGCUUCGAAAGAUAAAAGGGACAUCUACUACCGGAAGGCAAAGGAGGAGGGAUGGCGAGCGCGGAGUGCGUUCAAGCUCCUCCAGAUAGAUGAUGAAUUUAAUAUAUUCGAAGGAGUGAAGCGUGUCGUUGAUCUUUGUGCUGCACCUGGUAGUUGGAGUCAGGUGUUGAGUCGAAAAUUGUAUAUUCCAUCAAAGCUGAAUCCAGAAUGUAGGAAUGGUGAUCGUCCUUUGAUUGUUGCAAUUGAUUUACAGCCAAUGGCACCGAUAGAUGGUGUUAUUCAAGUGCAGGGUGAUAUCACUAAUGCUCGAACUGCUGAAGUGGUCAUUAAGCACUUCGACGGAUGCAAAGCUGAUCUGGUUGUUUGUGAUGGUGCUCCAGAUGUUACUGGACUUCAUGAUAUGGAUGAGUUUGUCCAAUCACAACUGAUUCUGGCUGCACUAACCAUUGUAACUCAUGUACUUCGAGUGGGUGGGAAAUUCAUUUCAAAGAUUUUUCGAGGUAAAGAUACAAGCCUUCUUUAUUGCCAGCUGAAGCUAUUCUUUCCUCGUGUCACUUUUGCAAAACCAAGAAGUAGCCGCAAUUCAAGUAUUGAGGCCUUUGCUGUUUGUGAGGAUUAUUCCCCUCCUGAAGGAUUUAACCCAAAUGAUUUGUAUCGCCUCCUUGAAAAAGUAGGCAGCCCUUGUGGAAGCGGUGAUUUAGAUUGUAGCAGUGCAUGGUUGGAGGGACCCAACAAGGUUUACAUUCCAUUUUUAGCCUGUGGUGAUCUCAAUGGAUACGAUUCAGACCGGUCCUAUCCACUCCCAACCUCAGCCGACGGUUCAUAUCGGAGCUUAGAUCCGGUUCAGCCCCCCAUUGCUCCUCCUUACAAAAGAGCACUGGAACUGAAGAAAGCUUCUUCUAGCCAUGCUACAGCAGUAGUAGAUAUGGACAGUCUCACUCUCAGUUAAUAUUGCCGUCUGAUUUAUCCUUUUUUCUUCUUCUUAAAGAUUUGUAAUAUUAUUUUUUCUUCUUGCAUCUUAUUUAUAUGCUGCUAAUUCCUCUAAUUUUAUGCAUUGUCUGUGUGAGAGGAUUUAAUUAUAAUUAUUGUUUCUAAAGCAGCUUUUUAGUAUAAAAAAUUCUUGAAAUUAA